AUGGGCAAGAUGAUGGAUUUCGAGUUCUACAGGAAUAACCCACCGCCUCCGAUUCUCAAUUUAGAUGUUCUGUCUCAGAUUUCUCCAUGUCCAUCUGCAUCCACUGCCUCCGUAGCAUCACUUGGUGCAAACUCGUCAAUUUCUCCUACAGAUGUGCCUGAUGCGAGUAUCAUACCUGGGAAUAAUUCUCAGACCGAUCCAUCUGCUUUAAUUUCUGUUGAUGACCUUCCUGGAGUUGACAUGGACCAGACAACUAAUGAUGACAGCGCAGAUAAAACUCAGAGCUUAACGCGGUGUCAAGAUGAGUUGGCUAAAUUGGCUGAGAUGGUUCAACAGGCCAAAGAGAAGAGAGAUGAAGAGAGGCGACUGGCUCGUGAGGAACCUGAGCGUGCAGCCCUUGAUGGUGUAGGCAGAACGCUGUCGUUACUGCGAGGUGAUGGUAAACAUGACAGUCCUGCAAAGGAGAGGAUCGUCCUGGAUGCCAGAGGAGUCCCAAUUUCUCAGCCACGACGACGAAUUAGGAGCAGUUUUGGUGGAGGUGCUGUUGUGAUACCUGCUUCAGUGCAAUCUACAAUAGAUCUGGACUUGCCACCGCUUCCUCCUAGGCCAACGGAUCCAGCAGAAAUACGCAAACUAGUGCGCAGCAAAAUGAUUCGUUGCAAGGUCUGCAACAACCGUUUUGGACAAAGAAAUCUUCUGGAGCGUCACUUACGCGACAGGCAUCAUGUAGAGUAUCUCGAAUAUAUUUUCCAAGAGGAACUUGAAGUUCAGCGGCAAAGGGAGGAAGAGUUGGAGCGAAAUCGAAUCGACGAGUUAACGUCGGGCGGCUUCAUUCCUCCUCAGUCUGAAAUAGAAUCGAACAGUUAUGUAGUUGAUGUGAAAAGUAUUCCUCUGCCUGGUGAGCUCUCAAAUGGCAUUGUGGCAAGGUUUGAUGCAAAUGGCUAUCUUCGUCAACCAAAGCGGUCCUUCCGUAAAAAAGUUUCACCGCAGUGUCCGUUUUGUGACAAAAGGUUCAGAAAUGAAGUGUCCCUGAAAAAGCACUUCGUUAAGAAGCAUCCAGAGUCCGUCGAGUUUGUGCAGUGUCUUGAUUGCUUCAAGUGUCUCCCAGACAAGAGCCAUCUCCCGGAACAUGAAUGUGAUAUGACGUGGUUGUGUUUCGAAUGCUCCCCUAUUCAAAAUAUGUGCACUGAGCAACGCUUCAACAAUCAUCGUGCUAAGUUCCAUCGUGGCGCGAAUUCGGGCUUCAAAUGCAAUGAGUGCAAUCAGAAGUUUUUGACUCCAAGAAAGUUGAGAAAACACAAGAAGAUGUCUCACAUAUUUGUAAAAACAUAUGCAUGUCACUUUUGCGAGGAACUCUUUACAAGCGAAGUUUCGGUAAUGACGCACGAGCGAAUUCAUACGGGUAUAAUAAAGUUCGAGUGCAAAAUUUGCGAUUUUCGGUGUAAUCGGUAUAUUCAAAUGGAAAACCAUAAAAAGGAGGAUCAUGGAUAUCUCUGCUCCAUUUGCCAGGAAAGCUUUGGAGAAUGGGCUGAAAUCAAAAAUCACACAUUGUCGAAACAUGGUGGCUAUCUCACUAGCGACACGUAUACUGCUUUAGCUUUAUGCAUUACACAAGUUGAAGUCGGAAUACGGCAUUUGGAGGUCCCGUUAGGAAAACGGCGGAAGAUUGCGGACAUGAAAACUGAAAGAAAAUUUCCUGUGAUUUUGCAUUUCAAUGCGUCACUAAUUCUGCUUAUCUUGGGCGUUGAAAAGAAUAAAGAAUAUUAUGUUAUGUGGAGUCUCCCCGUGUUUGGGCACUGUUCAAAGGAGACUGACGAAUGGCCCAAUACGGUUAUUCGCAUACGUUUCAUCUGCCAUUUUCCCUAUUACCUCUGGGAAAUCAGCAAUUUUUGUCAUUGUGUCAUCUAG